AUGGGUGGAGUGCUCACUCAGAUGCCAGGACAGAUCCUCAGAGAUAUGGACACCCAGGAACUUAAAGCUGGAGACUACUUUAUUAGUCUAUUUUAUCCAUUUGGAACUGGAGACACUGAGAAUGAAGGAGGUUCUGCAGUGAUUCACCUUUUGCAACCAUUUCUAUUUUUUGGACUUACAUACAACAACAUUUAUGUCAACAACCAGGGAUACUUGACUUUUAAACCAAUAUCGUACACCUACUUUCCAUACCGGUUCCCAAAUGGUGGGAAAGACAUCAUUGCUCCAUUCUGGACUUAUAUUGAUAACAGGUUAAACGGUGUUAUCUCAUAUCGCCAGUACACUUCUGGCAGUGUUCUGACACAAGCUACACAAGACAUAAACCAAUACUUCCCUGAUCUGAGCUUUUCUGCUUCGUGGGUCUUUGUUGCAACAUGGGACAGAGUGGGAUAUUAUUACUAUUUGAAUACAGAGACAUCUUUCCAAGUGGUUUUGAUUUCAAAUGGCAAUUUCUCAUUUGUUUUAAUGAACUAUGGUGCAAUUGCCCCAUCAGCACUAGCUGUACAGCCUGGUUUUGACACCAUCGACUCAAGCCACUAUUUCUCAAUUACUACUUCACUGGAAAACUGGAAAAACUUAACAUACAGCAGCAAUGUCAAUGUUUCAGGCAGAUGGGCCUUCAGAACAGAUCUUGGAUCACGUUGUCUAUUCAAUGGCACAGGUCCAUUUUAUCCAUUUGGAACUGGAGACACAGAGAAAGAAGGAGGUUCUGCAAUGAUUCACCUUUUCCAACCAUUUACAUUUUUUGGACUCACAUACAACCAAAUUUAUGUCAACAACAAUGGAUUCUUGACUUUUAAUGCGGCAUGGAACAGCAACUAUCCAAACAGCUUUCCCGCAUAUGGUGGCAAAGACAUCAUUGCUCCAUUAUGGGCUGGUGACAGUUUAAGCGGUAAUAUCUCAUAUCGCCAGUACACUUCUGGCAGUGUCCUGACACAAGCUACACAAGACAUAAAUCAAUACUUCCCUGACCUCAACUUUUCUGCUUCAUGGAUCUUUAUUGCAACAUGGGACAGAGUGUGGAAUUUUUACUAUCAGAAUACAGUAAGAAACUGA